GAUUACCUAAAAAACUUCGUGCUGUAGUAAAAGCCCUCGGAUUAUCUAGACUAUCCCAAACUGUUUAUCAUUCGCAAACUCCUAUCAUUGCUGGUAUGAUCCUGAAAGUUAAAGAACUUUUGGAAGUUAAGAACGUUAAAAAAGUACCGACUCCUGAAGAGCGGAAACACCAUACUGAACCGGGAUAUGUGGUUAUCAAAAGAUACAGCGAACCUGUCCAGGUUUAA